AUGGUGAAUGUCAAGCUGAACGUUGAGGUGAAUAUCAAGCUGAAUGUCUGGCUGGACGUUGUGGUGAAUGUCGAGCUGAACGUUGAGGUGGAUGUCGAGGUAAACGUUGAGAUGUAUGUCGAGCUGAACGUUGAGCUGAAUGUCGAGCUGAACGUUGAGCUGAAUGAGGUGAAUGUCAGACUGAACGUUGAGGUGAAUGUCAAACUGAAAGCUGAGGUGAAUAUUGAGCUGAACGUUGAGGUGAUUGUCGAGCUGAACCUUAAUGUGAAUGUCGAGCUAAACGUUGAGAUAAAUAUCAAACUGAACGUUGAGCUGAACGUUGAGGUGAAUGUCAAACUGAACGUUGAGGUGAAUGUCGAGCUAAUCGUUGAGAUGAAAUUCGAAUUCAACGUUGGGGUGAAUGUAAUACUGAACGUUCAGGUGAAUGUCGAGCUAAACGUUGGGGUGAAUUUCGAGGUGGACGUUGAGGUGAAUGUCGAACUGAACGUUCAGGUUAAUAUCGAGAUGAAUGUCGCCGACAAUGACGAGCAAGCUCGAUAUUCAGGUUUCUGUUUAUUUACAUUGUCGAGCUGA